AAUGGAUAACACAAAUUGAAAUUUGAACAUGGCGCGGGUAGAAAUCAAGAAUCCGGAACAGAAAAACCUAACCCUUAAUUCGCCCACUUCAGUGGCACGUGACACACGUGACUGCAAAAAUAGGGGUACCGAGCGCCGCAAGGCACAGUCACGCUAUCUCCGCUGAAACGCAAAUGCUUUUACAUCAACCGUUCGAUUGAAUGCCACGUCAUUGAUCUGUGUGAAUUCACAAAUCAACGGCUCAGAUCAGUGUUGCAGAGCACCUGGGGGAAGCGAAGGGAAGAGGCUGGUAACUUUGCUGUCUACUCUAUUCUCCCGUGCUCGAUUUUCGAUUGAUAUUUUCCCCAUUGAGGAACGCGGAAUUUUGAAUUCUCGCGGAGAAAGUGCUGUGAUAUUUGGAUUCCUAGAUGAAGGCCAUGGAGCAAUUGAAGGAGAACGUGGAGGAAAACGAGGUCAUCUUUUUGAGCGAGGAGGAGGACGACGACCACGAAUAUGACUCCGAAGAUGAAGUAGACGACGACGAAGAACUCGACAAUGACGGCGAGGAAGACCACAAUUGCGAAGAUGAUGCUCCUGGCGGCGGCGGCGGCGACGCCGAGGACGACGAGGAAGACGGAGAAGAAGAAAGAGGCGACGGAGAGCUCGGGGGUGAUCCUGACGACGAUGAUAACGACGACGACGACGAUGAAGAAGAAGAAGAAGAAGAAGAAGAGAGGGAGGAGUUGGAGAAGCAAGGGGAAGAGGAGGAUUUGGGAACGGUGGAACAUGACAGCCCAUUAGGUGUUGACGAUGAUGAGGAAGAUGAAGGUGAUGAUGACGAGGAUAAUGAGAAGGCUGAGGAUCCACCAAAAAGAAAGAGGUCAGAUAAAGAUGAUUCAGAUGAUGAUGAUGGAGGAGAAGGGGAUGAGAGACCCUCUAAGCGAUAGAGUUAGGUCCAUUCUUUGCUUAAGGACUCAAAACUAGUCAACCACAGGUCAACAUAGCGCUCUCUGUCUUUUAAACACAUUUCAAAGAAAGGAUAAGUAGGUUCAGGGACUUUGUUUCAUUCUCUCUUGUAAUAUAAUGGUGCAACAUUAUUAGGCUUAUUAUUUUCGUCUGCUUGAUGCGUAGUCUAUAAUGGGUGAAAACAUUUGGUAGAACAAAAUUUGCACACUUUUAUCUUCUAAGUACUUUGUUGAUCUGUAGAUUUUAUGCAUUAGUAUAUGAUACACUCUAAAAUU